UCUCAACCAGAGGCUGUCAGUCUCUCUCAGCGCUCUGAAAGACCGAGAGAGGCGGCGGCAGAGUAAGAUGCUCUGCGGAGCGCCCUGAGUCAGGGGCUCUAGAAGGAGCUUCGGGGACCGGGGCAACUGGACAGCUUUCACCAUGCAUCAGUCCCUGACUCAGCAACGGUCCAGCGACAUGUCCCUGCCCGAUUCCAUGGGGGCCUUCAAUAGGAGGAAGCGGAACUCCAUCUAUGUUACUGUGACUCUGCUUAUUGUGUCCAUGUUAAUUCUCACGGUGGGCCUCGCUGCAACGACCAGGACCCAGAAUGUGACUGUAGGAGGUUACUACCCAGGAGUUAUUCUUGGCUUUGGAUCAUUCCUUGGAAUCAUCGGCUCAAACCUUAUUGAGAACAAGCGGCAGAUGCUGGUGGCUUCUAUCGUGUUUAUCAGCUUUGGCGUGAUUGCAGCUUUUUGUUGUGCCAUAGUGGACGGGGUCUUUGCUGCCAGACACAUUGAUUUGAAACCACUCUAUGCUAACCGGUGCCACUAUGUUCCCAAGACAUCCCAGAGGGAAGCUGAGGAGGUCAUAACUUCCUCAAGCAAACUUUCUCCUUCGACGAGGGCUUUGCGGAACCUUACCCAGGCAGUUAAGGAGGUGAACUGCCCUCAACUUAGCCGUGGACUCUGCACACCUCGCAUCCGGGGCAACACCUGCUUCUGCUGUGACCUCUACAACUGUGGCAAUAGGGUGGAAAUCACUGGCGGGUACUAUGAAUACAUUGAUGUCAGCAGCUGCCAGGACAUCAUCCACCUGUACCACCUACUCUGGUCUGCCACCAUCCUCAACAUCGUUGGCCUGUUCCUGGGUAUCAUCACUGCUGCGGUCCUUGGAGGAUUUAAGGAUAUGAACCCUACUGUUCCUGCACUGAACUGCUCUGUUGAAAAUGCCCACCCAACUGUUUCUUACUAUGCUCGUCCUCAAGUGACAUCGUACAAUACCUACUACCAUAGCCCUCCUCAUCUGCCGCCGUAUUCUGCUUAUGACUUUCAGCAUUCCAGUGUCUUUCCCUCCCCUCCCUCUGAUGAGCAGGAGCCCCAGUCUGCCUCUCCUUCGCCCAGCUACAUGUGGUCCUCCAGCGCACCACCCCGUUAUUCUCCACCCUACUACCCACCUUUUGAAAAGCCACCACCUUACAGUCCUUAAGGAGCACCUGUCGGCCAUUGAGAUUAUUGUGGCUUUUGUAUUUCUGCUUUAGUGGAAGUGUGUAGGGUACAACACCUAAAGUGUGACUCUUCUGCAUAGUUUUACAGCAGCUUGCCAGGCUAGGGAAAGAUAGGGAUGGAGCUUAUUCAUUACAAGGGAAGGGUAGGAUUGGCUAGGCCAAACCCAAUACUUCCAAGAAGGGAAGUAGUUCUGACACAGAAAGUUCUGGCUAGGAUUUUUGUUUGCUUCUGUCUGGAUAUUGGAUAUUAACAAAAAGCUGCCCAUAGCUUACUCUGUUCUUCUCUGAGUCUUGUAAAAAAAAAUGGCUGUUGUGAUCAUUCAGCUCAGCUUUUGUUACUGGUACCUCCUAAGGGAAAAAGUGCAAUAGUCCCUCACUGUGAGUGGUGAUGAGGACUCACUGAUUCAGAAGUGUGCUGUUUUCAGUAGAUCUCAGUAUAUACAACUGACAGCUUAGGAGACAGUGUUUCUAUUAUAUGUUGCAUUAUUCUAAAACACAUUUGCUACUGGAGAUACAAAUCUUACAGUUGAAAUUCAGAGUUUAAAAAUGCUAGAUUAGACUGGGUCGUGAUAUGAAUUGUUACCUAUCUUUGUGACUAUUUAAUCUUUGGAUAUUGUGCUUUAACCCCAGCAAACCGCACGAUCCUGCACCCCACCCUUGAAAACUCAUCUGUAUUUUAACGCCACCGCUCUUAUUGGUCCUUUUUCCCCUGUUGAGAUCAAUUGUGACAGCAUUCAAUUCAAGAUUAUGAAAGUGUUACAAUGCCAUUUCAAGUCUUCAAGACCUUAAAUGCAGCCAACUUGACAAAUUCUUAAGUGUUCUGCGUUUAAAAUCCAUCUGGCACACUGUGGCAGUUAUACAGUUGUUUUAAUUAUACAGAGCUUUCAACCAUCAAGCUGUUGAGUUGGAAACACUUCGGCACCUUCACUCCAGCAUGAACACGUUCACUAGGGUUUUAUUUUAACCUGAGAACUGGUUUAAAGGGAGACUGAUAAUCCUACACUUGUAUUAUGUAAACGUACAGGAGAAGCAGAGGACUCCUAAUGAGACAGUUCUGCAAACACAGAACACACACUGGAAACAUUUCCAGCCCAUUUCGCUGCCUCCCAUCUUUGCCGGUUGGAGGUAGCCGAUAAAUGCUGGUGCUCCCAUCUACCUUGUAGACACCUAGUCACCAAGAAUCAAGGCACAACAAGUGCACUCACUGUUCACAGGAACUAGUGAGUUUACCUUUCAGCACCAUACUGUCCUAUCCAGACUUCAAAUCCAAAAGGCCACAGUCCUUUUACGUUAUACAAAAUUACGGUUAUUUUUACAGUUCCGAACAUAAUAAAAUUCUACUGGAUUUCAAAAAAGGACUAAUAAUUAAUUGACUUCUUGUACAAACAUCACCUUGUAAUACCUAACAGUAUUUUGUCAUUUACACUUUAUCCCUUGCUUUAGUGAAUGUGUAGAUUUUUAAAGGCACCAUUACAAAGUAUAUCUUCAAUGGUCACAUUUCUUAAAGUAUUAAGAUUCUAUGACUCAUUUCUAUGUAUUUUUCUUACUUUACAAAAUAACUUUAAACAGUAUAGAUUUUCUAACACUUAAUUUGAGCAGCUUUUUUUUAUUACAUUGAAUUAUAUAAAGUGCAUGUUACUUUAGGAAAAUUAAUAUUUGCUGCUUCACUAUUCUGCAAAACAUUUGCUGUAAUGAAGGAAUUUGUAUUUCCAAUGUAUCUUGACUGCAUUUUAUAACAUUUACUGCUUUCUUCCUAAUUCUGCUUUAAAGUAUUGAACUGGGCAUGAAAUAUUAAAAUAUUAAUUCAGAACCUGUAUAAACUAGAUAUUGCUUAAAAUCUGUAUCACUGCCAUGUUGGAAACCCAGACAGCUUUUGUGAUGUUUCAAAAUUAAUAAAAUUAUCCUUCUCCCUAUGCACUUUACAGGCAUUCAUGGUGUGUACGAAAUUCCAGUGGCUACUCUAAAACAACUGGCAAUGACAACUCACUUUUGACUAUGACGGUUUGAGAAACAAUGGGACAUGUCUAACCAAUACACAAAACCUAAUGUUAAUUUCUACCAUGCUGUCAUCAGAAACACAGCUUUUCUCCUGCUAUUGAAAGAAAAAAACCCAGAAAAAUAGGACAGAAAGCCUAUGUAAUUCAUUCACAAUAAUCUUGUAAAGAAUGCACUCAAAAAUGAGAAUGAAUAUGCUUUAUUUCACCAUAACAAACUCUAUGAACUAAUGUCAAGUAUGGCUAAUGGAAAGCAGAACUUAAGUCAUGAAAAGGAAGAUUGUACAAAUAUGAGCAUUGCAGUAUUGGGGAAAAUGAACAGAGGUAAGGAAGCCAGUGCUGCUGAAUUUGCAUCUAAUUCCUCAAAAUACACAUACCAUGAUGAUGUUUAAAUGCCCAGAUGAGUGGUCAUUUAUUUAUUUUUUUUUUAGUGCAAUGGAACAAGUUCUUCAGUGACUCUGUGGAAGAUAGUGACCAUCGAAAUGAUAACAAAAUAUCAUGAUCUUUUAAGACUGCUGAAAGUCGGUAUUCUUUGAACAAAUUUGCUAUUUCAAAUAGAAUCUACCCAGAAUACCUACAGAUAAUUCAGCAUUUGAACAAAAUUGAAGCCCACUUGAAAAAAAGAUAGAAAAUUCAGUAGUCAGAAAGCUAAGUAAAAAAACCCAGAAAAUCUUCACAGUAGGUUUUAAACAGCACCUUGCUACAAAUUUCAAAUCCUAAAAUGACUAGGAGUAAAGAGUUUUUGUCCAAAGAAAUAUUCUAUAAAAACUCUGAACUUUGAGCCAGGCAGUGGUGGCACAUGCCUUUAAUCCCAGUACUGGGUAGGCAGAGGCAGGUGGACUCCACAAAACUCUGAAUUUUGGUUAUAAAAACAUUAAAAAAAAUCCCAAAGACCCCAAAACAUGUCUAAGAGUCUUCCUGGCAAAAUUACAAUUGAACUUUAUAAUUCUCCUCCUCCCUGCAAACUCCAGAAGUUAUGUUCAGUAGGCACAGAGUUAAGAAGUUCUUAUUCAGAAUUUACAGAGUACAGCAGCAGUGGCAAAUAAUUUUACCAAUGUUAUUCAGAAUGGAGAGGUUUUUAUUAUCCCUGGUUUGUUAUAAUAGGCUUGUAGGGAGCUAGGCAGUGGUGGUACGUGCCUUUAAUCUCAGCACUCAGGAGGGAGAGACAGUGGCUCUCUGUGAAUUCGAGGCCAGUCUGGUCUACAGAGGGAGUUACUGGACAGCCAGAGCUGUUACACAGAGAAACCCUGUCUCAAGAAAAACAAAACAUUAAAACAACAACAACAACCAAAAAAACCCAUAAUAGGCUUGUAAAAACUAACAGGUUUUACCACAGCAAACUAAUUUACCUAGCAGCUGAGACUGCAAUGUCACUAUUGCUCACACAGGUAGAAGUAAUUGUGUCUAAUUGCUGAAAUUGCAUUCAUGAAACUGAAAUUUCAACUGGGAACAUUUCUGAACAUACCUUCUACUCAAAAGGCAGUAACAUCAAUAUCUACAGAGAAAGGAAAUAGAUACUGUGAUCACAGAGAUCAGAGUCUAGAGUUAUAGGGUGAUUUUCAGUUUUCUAAGAGUUAGUUUAUGAAAAUGGUUUGAAGGUCUAAGCUUAUCAAACAGAAAACAUAAAUGUACACCAC